GCGAUUCUCCCCCCCUGGCUAAACUUUGCGCAGACGUUCUGUGCAAAUUGAUACUUUUUAUGUCUUGAUUACAUAAAUGCGCGAAAUUGUGCGCAGGGAUUAUCCUGAAUCAUAACUACCAACGAUGGUUUAUACAAAGAUGUUCAACGAGAAGACAAUUUCCUAAAUCUCUUCUGUUCAUUUUAUAUUCUACGGUCUUUCCGUAGCGCUUGGAAACAUCCUGCAACGCGGUUGCUUGAAUUUAUGGUUUGCAGUAUUGAGCAAUUACACAUUCUUAUUAGACCGGCUAAUGGAGUUAUGGUUUUGAGGCAAUCUUACUAAGGAAGGUUUAUAUGUAAUAUGGAUAUUAGAUGGUUAAUCUGUAUGUUUUGGGUUCUUCUUCACAAACAGAUAAAUGCUACUGUAAGCAUACCACUAGAAUCAUCCUUACCAAGUGUACCUAGUGCACAGCUCUCUCACACUGAUCAACUUGCCACAACUUCUUAUCUACAUGGAACGGUCAAAGAAAAAGUAAGAACUACACCACAAAUCACUGAUCAAGAAACGCGAACACAAUCUCUGUUUGCCACACAGAAAAUGACAGAAUUUUCAACGCUGCAAGUUACCUCUGCAAUAGCAAUGAAAACAAAACUAUCAACCAUUUACAUGUCAACUCCUAGCGUUCACAGAAUGACUUCUACUACAAGAAUUACUACUACUACUACAAGAAUUACUUUUACUAGAUCAUUCAACAGCACAUAUGUUCCAGUUAUUAACGAUACAGAAUCAAAUUCAAAUGGAAUACCCUUAAUCAUCCUUGUUCCGUCAGCGGCAGGAGGUGGCGCUUUAUUAAUACUUAUUGUCUUGUUAUGCUGUUGCUGUCAUCGAAUGUAUAAACGGAGAAAGAAUGCAAGAAUAUUUCAGAAAUACUAUCGUCCUACAAUGCCAGUAAAUUUAGAAAAUUAUCUCGAAGCUGAUUUAAAAGAUUCACAAAUAAAACUUACACUUCAAAACAAAGAAGAGCAUUUUAUUGAGUCAAAACAAAGUGAAGGAGUGUCAAACGAAGCAUUCUCAACAUCCCAUUUCCUUCCUGAAAUAAACAUGAAUCCGAAGGCAAAUUCUGAUCAGUCUGCUGAAAGUCAAAAUGAUACAGAGCAUUCUACUUCGCACAACAACGUACAAGAUAUUCCGUCUUCUGAAGUAACAAAUGAUUGUGGUCCAAGUUCUCUCAAUGCAGAGGAGACCAUAGCAAUGGAAACCAUAUCUUCUCUUGCUUCAGUUGGCGAGAGUUCUCCUUCCGAUGAUCAGCGAGCAAGUUUACUUAUAUUGCAAAAUCUUGACGACGUGCUCGACAAUGAGUGUGCUGAUGAUGAAAAAAAACACGAAAAAGAGACAACUGACAAUGUUACAAAUUUGAAAGUUAAUCAGGAUGACGCCGAAGGUGACGGUGAAUAUUUUGUUGUCAUAUAUCCUUUCGAAUCGUCCAAUGCGGAUGAACUAUACUUGGAUGUUGGUACAACAGUAUCGGUCAUUUCUGGUAAACCAUCUGCUUGGUCUUGGGUGGAAAAUAAGGAUGGUGUUACUGGGUGGUUCCCAACUCGAUAUUUGGUUCAAAUUGAUUCAGAUGAAACCUCUGAAGGAUCCCAGGAUUUGCAUUCUAGCAGUGAAACCGACUAUUCAAUUCCAGAUAAGCGACGACUUCCAUUUGCAGUUUUGCAAUCAUUUUCUGGUUCAAACCCGGAUCAAAUAAGUCUUGCCCAAUACGACAUUGUUUCCGUGAUUCAAAAUAGUUCAACAGGAUGGUCAUGGGUAUACGAGCCAGAUGCUGGUUCGGGAUGGUUUCCUACUAACUACUUAGAACCACUAGUCUUUUCAAAGAAGGAGUCUACAGGGCAGAAGUCAUCCAGUAAUAGCGGAUCAGAUUACUUGGAUGUCAUUGACGAAGGUACUCAAUAUGUCUACGCAACUUCUGAAGAAAUCCAAAAAGUGAAAAAAGAGGGCCAUUACCAGGAAUAUGAAGCAAAAGCAUAUCGGGCAUCUCACGCAUAUACUAGAUCUAAUGAAGACGAGCUAACGUUUGAAGAGAAUGAAACAAUUCUGGUUUUACAAGAAACAGACACUGGUUGGUGGAGGGGAAGUACAUAUCUUGGAGAGGGAUGGUUUCCUGCCACGUUUGUUGAGGACCCAUUGAUAAAUGAAGAUAAUACAAUAACUGAAGAUGUGACAAACGUAAAUGCAAAUCCAACCAGUCGUAACACAACUGAUGACAGCUACGAAUUUGUUAAUCCAGGGCGCCUAAAAGAUGGUAGAAAUUAUUCUAAAAGUGUGUCGCCUUAUAAAGUCACAGAAAUAGUUCCACAGAGAAAUCAGUCGAAACAAAAAAAUGAGCGAGAAACUGUUCACCAGGUUCCAAAACCGAUAUCGAUGCAGGCAGCUAAAGAUCACAGAUCCAGAGGCAAAGGAAGAACUAUCAAACCAUGUCGACCAGCGCCCUCUCCUCCGUCUGUAACACGUUCCACAGUUUCGCCCCUUCCUCCGUCUGUAAUACGUUCCACAGUUUCGCCCCCUCCUCCAUCUGGUUCACGUUCCACAGUUUCGCCCCCUCCUCCAUCUGGUUCACGUUCCACGGCUUCGCCCCUUCCUCCGUCUGUAAUACGUUCCACAGUUUCGCCCACUUCUCCCUCUGGUUUACGUUCCACAGUUUCGCCCCCUCCUUCCUCUGGUUCACAUUCCACAGUUUCGCCCUCUUCUUCCACUGUUCUGCAUUCCACAGUUUCGCCCCCUCCUCCCGCUAGGUCGCUAUCCACAGCAGUUCAAGUUCCUAAUAUUUCCCAAGAGUUCCAAAUCACUCCACUCACCACUAACUUUUCAAAUGUUGAAACUCGUCCAUUUGCUGAAACACUCCAAGCUGAUUCCGCUUCCUCAAUGACAUGUUCAAAACCUUCUUCGAUUGCUCAAACAUCGCAGGACACAAGUACACAUAUACAGGAAAAUGAAAUGGUCAAUGAAUCUGAAAACGUCGAAGGUGUUGUAAUUGUCCGUCCCCAGGAGCAAUCAAGCGAUGCUAAAUCAAAACUAAUUAAAGUUACAAAGAGACGAAGUGUGAUUAAUCCAAACAUUUGUGAACCUCCUCCUAGCAGACCUGUCCCCAUACCACCUCCGCGGAAAGCUAGAGAUCAAACGUCAAAAUCCGUUGACAACCACCAGCGUACUCGUCCAACAAAAAGGCCCCGGAAUAUAGGUAAUAAAAAAACAGAUAUACGAGACAUCGGUAACUCACCGAAACAUGGCCCUGAACGACCACCGCCUCCUUUGCCUCAAAAUAUAAACGAGUUUCGCCAAAAGCGUUUAUCCAGCUGCAAAGAAUCUUCCACUAAGCAAAAUAUGAAUAAGGAAAAUAUGCUUUCAAAACAAGCUCAUAAUGAAAAAAACAUUUCUCCAGAAGAAAGCGGAACCGAGCAAAAUGAUGGGACGAUUUCAGAUGUCAAGAGUGCAGCAUUAACGUGUUCUCAACCGAUAUCAAAACAACAAAAUUCUAAAUCUGGUAACGAUGAUGAAGUACAAACUCCAGGAAAUAAAACAAAAGGAACGGUAUCAGCCGACACUGGGAAAGUUAGUCCAAAGCCAAAACCACGAAGACGUAGCCGUGAUAAUCCACAAGAAUCACCAAUGUCAAUAACAGAAGCUGAAAGUUUGUUCAAUUGUCCGCCAACAGAAUGUGAAAUACCCGAGAAUGGAGAAAAGCAAAAUAUUAAAGAGGAUGAACAAGAAGAUACACUAACUUAUCAGACACAAACCUCACAACCUUCUAGAAAAUCAACUUCCCUAGAUACCACGCCAGAUGUGACUGCAAGAUCUCGUUCCCUGUCUCAAGAAGAUUCCGAUGCUCACGCUAAAAGUCGUCCCGAGGCCCCCAAAAUCAAACCAAGAUCAAAAUCGUUAGCUACUCUUUUUUCUUCUACCAGCAGUAAAGAGCAGAAUAGCGAAAGUCACGCGUCUUCGAAUUCCCAAUUAUCGCGCUCACAGGGGGAUAUUCCUGUAAUGAGAGACACACAAGAUCAUGUUCAAUUUGAUCACAAUGGAAACUUUAACAAUCUUGAACCUGCUAAACGAGCAUUUCCAACCCCAGUGAGGCCAAAACCAAAAACAAGAGCAAAGGCAAAACAAGAUGAUCAUGAAAUUCACACAUAAAUACAAAGUUACCGUUCAAUUACCGUUCAAAGUUACCGUUUUAACGAGUUUUUUUUUCAUUUUACCAUGGAGUCCAAAGCCAUAUCAACACGCACGCGAGUUUUUUCUCUCAUACACUUAUCUAAAUUUAAAAAAUUGUGGUAUCUAAUUUAUUACAAUCAUAUUUCAUGAAGAAUGAUUAUUGUAAAUAAUUGUAAAGAUUUUUGCGAUAGAAUAUAUCAUAAUAUAACAUCAUAUAAGAAAC